GAGUAACAAUGGCGCCAGCUGUUAGGAAUAGGCGUGUAGGAUCUCCUCCUCCUAUUAAUUCAGAGCAUUGGUAUGGCCUCCUGGCUCGCUCCUCAUUCCUCUUCACUCUUUCCUUACUGUUAAACUCCCACACUAUACUUGGUGGUUUCGUGUUUGAUGAUAAUGAAGCCAUUGUUAGCAAUCCAGACGUAAGGUCUCAUGUGACCUUCACCUCUGUGUUUGCUAACGAUUUCUGGGGUUAUCCGAUAUCAGAUCCUGAAUCGCACAAGUCCUACAGGCCACUGACGACAUUGAGUUUCCGUCUCAAUUAUUGGAUGCAUGGGUUGUCCCCUGGUGGCUAUCAUGGCGUCAAUGUACUAGUCCACAGUAUUGUCUGUGUCCUGGUCCAUUAUGUACUAAUGGUAGCUGGUGUUAGAAGGAAUGUAUCGUGGCUCACUGCAUUACUCUUUACAGUGCAUCCUAUACACACUGAAGCAGUCGCUAAUGUGGUUGGUAGAGCUGAAUUGUUGUCAGCUUUGUUCUUUUUCCUCUCAUUCCUCUCUUAUCUCAUAUCCAUCAAGACCGACGGUGGUACAUAUACAUGGAGGAUUACAGCAGUAUCAUUAGCUGGAGUUAGCAUGCUCUGUAAAGAGCAAGGGAUCACUGUAUUGGCCGUUUGCAUAUUUUACGAGCUACUCCUCAAAAGCAGGAGGAUUUGGUUGCACCUUAGAGGCGCGUUAAAGCUCACUGGUGGGAUCUAUUAUCUUUAUAAUAAUAUUAUAUUAUUUACACUAUCUCUGGGACUAGCUCUACUAGCCAGACUUUUGAUCAGUCAAGGAAGACCUGCCUUUGUUUACUCUGAUAACCCAACGUCAUUCUCUGAUUCAAUUUUAAUCCGCACUCUCACUUAUUCUCAUCUGACAUCACUUAACGUUUGGUUAUUGAUGUGUCCUUCAUUGCUUUGCUUUGACUGGUCAAUGGGUAGCAUAGUGUUAGUAAAGACACUUAACGAUUAUAGAAACAUUGGCAGCGUCACACUGUUUGCUUUUCUUAUCAUCAUCAUUAUCAAAAAUGUUGUGGAGUUCUUUCGUCCACCGAAAGUUUCCCAGACAACCACACGAGUGUCCAGCCACAACAGAUCCUCUUUGAGCACUCUGAUCUCAACCUUGUGGCCAGGAGAGAAAAAUAAUUCAUUCGCAUGCCUCUUGGGCCUCUCAUUACUAAUCAUACCAUACAUACCUGCUAGUAAUCUCUUCUUUCCUGUUGGGUUCGUGCUGGCGGAGAGAGUACUGUAUUUACCAAGUGUUGGGUACUGCUUGCUUGUCUCUCAUGGAUUUUAUGCCAUCAACGAGAGAUUAAGAAGAGGGGCAAAGAGACCUACUCCUGAGGCGAUCCUAAGUAAACCACUAAUGACACUUUUCAUUUUGAUACUUUUGAUGUUCUCUGCAAAGACACUGAUAAGGAAUUGGGAGUGGGGGGACACCGAGAGACUAGCUGUGUCUGGACUGAAGGUCAACCCUCUCAAUGCAAAAGUACACUUUGCAAUGGGAAAUGUUUUAGCUCAACAAGGAAACAGGUCCUGUGAAAAAUAUUACCGACAAGCAUUGGAGCUUAAGCCAGACUACAUACUGGCACUAACCAACCUGGGUCUUGUCCUACUUAAUACAGGUAGAGCCAAAGAGGCCGAGGAAUGUUACAAGAGAGCUUUAUCCAUUAAGCCAGAUCACAUCACUGCUAACAUCAACAUGGGGCACUUGUGUAGGCUACAGGAGAGAUGGGGAGAAGCACUGGAGCACUAUAAUAGAGCCAAGGAAAGGAGACCACACUCAUCAGUCAUGCAUUACUAUGCUGGUUGGAUGCUUAGUGAAACCGGAAAAGAAGAGGAAGCCAAGAGGGAACUCACGGCAGCUAUUGAAAUGCAUAAAAGAGUAGGAAAAGGCGAAUACGGUGAUGCUCAUUUACUGCUUGGGAGACUCCUGGCUUCUGAAGGUAGUAAACCAACAUCUGUCAGGAGGUUAAAGGGAUAUCCUGUUGAACUGCAAAUAUUGAUACACACUCUCUUUGAAGUCGUCUAUGGUGCAUGACUACACAGUAUUGUCCUGAAAGCAUAGCAAAUCUAUUAUACAAACAAGCAGAUGAGUCUUCUUCAGUAAUGUACACUAUCAAUUAAUAUCAUUGUUAAUAUCAUUGUUUAAUUAAGCCAUGCAAUGUAUUACGAUAAUACACUUGACAGUUUAUUCCUCUCACCAUGUACCUCUCAUGUAUGUUCCUUUACAGGCAAUCACUCACUAUAGAACAGGAUUCUCCUUUUCACCGAAUUCAGCCACAAAGGAAGAUUACUUCAGCAUGGGAAGACUUCUGGCU